CUGCUCUGAGAAUGGCGUCGCAAACUGCUGCAGUCGCGCGAGGCGUGAUCAGUGCCUCGGCGCAGGACGCCCGUGUCAGCGCCCUGGGCCUCUACCGUGCCUGGUCCCGUCAGAUCCCCUUCAUCAUUGAGCUCUUCCGUCUCGACAAGACCGAGGAGGAGUGCCGCGCCAAGCUCAAGGAAAAGUUUUUGAUCAACAAGAAUGUCCAAGAUGUGCGACAGAUUGAUAUGCUCGUGAUCAAGGGCAAGAUGGAACUCGAGGAGACACUCAAGGUUUGGAAGCAGACGACCCAUGUCAUGCGCUUUUUCGAGGACCCUCAAACGAACAUGAACCCUCCUAAGCCCUUCAUGGACAAGUUUCUCGACGGCCGAUAAAUGCUAGGCCUGUUGGAGUCUCCGCUCCAGUCCUGUUGUCACCGUGUACCCCUCUCUUGGCAAUUCCCAACAUCUUUGUCGACCCGUUCCUGUCUCUUUCCCCAUUUCGGAUUGCUCGGGGCUGGUCCACAGGUUCUCCUUGAGUCUGCGCGCCGUGCGCCAUUCUCGAUGUGCUGACCUAGUCCCAGCGUCUCACUUUCUUGCGCUCUUCGGAUCUGACGUCUUUUGUGUUUUUUUUUUCUGCUUUUUGUUCAAUCCUCUCCCUGCAAUUAGCUCUUUCAUUGGCGUUAUGGCGCUGAUGCUUACAAGUCGUCCUGCCACUGCGGCGGAUGACGAAAUGAAUGAGCGCAAAUAGAGGCGUCUCUGAAGCUUAGUUGAUUCACCACGAAU